AAGGAUCCUAAAAUUGCUAAAUUAGCUAAAGAUCACGAAAUAAUGGUGCAAAGAGAUCUUCAAAGAAUAAUAGAAGAUCAGAAGACUGAAGCCGAGUCUGAGCAAGAAGAAAACAAAAAGAUGAUGGAGGAGAUUUCUACUAAGAGCUGAGAUCUCGUUUACAGCCUUCAGUCUGUCCAAGAGGCUUUUACAACUCAGGAACAGAUCUGUGACCAUCAUCCUAACCUUACAGAAUUGAGGUACGAUUAUCCAGAUUUCUAUUUUGAUGCUAAGAGAAAAUAUUGUGGGGAUCUUUCUGACCAAGUGCCGGAUGAACGAAGGAUUGCUGAUUACUUAGAGCUCAAUUUCCCAUUAUACACGCCUCCCAAAAGAAAGAGUAAGGCAGAAGGGACUUCAUUCUUGAUAAACUGGCAGGUCCUGAAAGAUAAGGAGUCUUGCCAAAAUGCAACAGAAGAGGAGGAAAAAGAAAGCUUAAAUAGUAUCCAAGUAUUGACUAAAGAGCAAUGUGAAAACAUUAAGGUGAUUGCGAUAUCAUUCUGAAGUUAUGGGAUGAGAGAACUCAUUCAGAUAUUUAGAAACCCUCUGAUAAAGAAUGUAGAGAGAUUAGACCUCAACUGGAAGGAAAAAGAUAUGUUUCCUAAAAUGACUCCUGUUUUCUGCAAAUAUUUAUGCCAAUUUAUUGAAACAAAAGUUAAUAAGACGCUCUCUAUUUCUAAAUUUCAACUGCAUUCUUCUCAGCUUAAUCUGAUCUUGAAGGCAGGAAAGAAAUUGGGGCGAAUCUUAAUUAAUGGGUGAUGCAUCCUAGAUAAGAACAGAGUUCAGCUAAAUUGAAAGGAAUUAUACACAAAAGAGUUGUCUGAAGAUUUUGAGGAAUUUGUACUUCUUGAAAAGACCUUGCAAAUGAAAGAACUUAAGAUUUGUAAUAACUACCAUGGAGAUUUGAACAAAAAUAAUGGAAAGCCAGGAUUUGAUAAGUUGAAGAAGGUGCAUCCAAGUCAAUUCGAGAGACUAUGGAAAAGUUUAAGCGAGAAUGUGCAUUCAAAUAACCUUCCAAAUAUUUAUAUCGAUGGCUUCUCAUCAAUGUCUGAGACCUUAGUCAAACUAGGCAAGAAAAAGCAAAAGAAGAAGGAAAAAGAGAAGAAACAGAAAAUAGAUUUUUAUAAGAAAGAUGAAGGAUCUAUGUCCUAAUUUUUUGCCAAGGAGAACCCUUUGGUGGGAGUAUAUAUAAUUCAAACUUAUUUGUAAAACAACUGCUAG